AUGAGACAAAGGAAAUCAAAGGCAAAAACUAGCUUAUUUGCAACUGUUUCAUCCACAAUUUUCACCAGAGUCAUAACAUUGAAGACAACAAAUGGAAUUUGGGACUUCUUGAAUAAGGAGUAUGAAGGAAAUGAACGAGUCAAAGCCAUGCAAGUUCUGAAUUUGAUAAGAGAAUUCAAGAUGCAAAGAAUGAAAGAAUCAGAAACAAUCAAGGAUUACUCUAACAUACUCCUUGACAUUGUUAACAAAGUAAGGCUUCUUGGUACUGAUUUUUCUGAUUCUAGAAUAGUUCAAAAAAUCUUUGAAAUAGUUCCUGAAAAGUUUGAGGCUACAAUAACAUCCCUAGAAAACUCAAGAGAUGUGUCAAGUAUUACCUUGGCAGAACUAUUAAGUGCAUUACAGGCUCAGGAACAAAAGAGACUUAUAAGGCAAGAAAGAACUGCAGAGGGUGCAUUUCAAGCUAUAUCACAGAACAAUAUGUACAAGAUAGAGAAGUAA